AUGAAACCUAUUGUAUUUAGGAUUGACCCAAAUGUCCUUUCUCAAUUCGUUAAACCUACAGGACAAAAGAAAGAGGAGACUUCCUAAAUAAGUCAAGUUUAAGAUUGCUUGAAAGUAAUUAUUAAUCUAUAUUAUUUAGUAAUUGAAUAUAGAUAAUGAUGAAGAUGUAGAUUAAUUUACAAAUCAACAACCUUCACAACCUAUUAUAAAAAAUAGAUCUAGAACACUAUAUUCGAAUGGAUCAACUCUACCUGAAACAUUAUCUAAGAACUCAAAUUAAUAGAUUCAAGAGAUUAAUCUAUCAAUUAGUGGAUCAUCUUUAGGUUGGGAUGAAGUAUUUAGUUCAACUAUGCCAACUUCAUUCUAAAUGUUUUAAUUUAAAAAUAAAAGACGCUAUGAACCUUAAUAAUAAACAACUCAAUUCUAAAUUCAAUUACAGAAUGUAAAAUAUAUAAUUAUCAUAAAGAUACCAAAAGACAAUCGUACAACUUUAAUGAUUAAGAAUAUACCAAACAAAUACUCUUAACCUCUUCUUCUUGAAGAGAUAGAUUGCAAUAAUAAAAAUACUUAUAAUUUUUUUUAUUUGCCAAUUGACUUUACAGUAUUAAUUUUAAUUUAAUGAUAAUAGAACAAAUGCAAUGUGGGAUAUGCAUUUAUUAAUUUUUAUGAUUCAUUAGACAUACCAAAGUUUUAUCUAGAAUUCCAUAAUAAAAAGUGGAGUAAAUUUAAUUCAGAAAAGGUAUUUCAUUUCUAAAUUAAUAUAGAUUUGUUAAAUUACAUAUGCUAGAAUCCAAGGAGUAGAAGAAUUAUAAGGACAUUUUCAAUAUUCUACAAUAAUGUAAGAAAAAGAUAGAAGAUUAAAACCUAUAUUUAAAUAAAGUUCAGAGUAAAAACUAAAAAGAAAAUGA